AUUGUCAUCAUUUCGUAAAUCGAGACAAAUCGUCUCUUCCGCGCGCCCCGCCCCAUUGGGUCCCGGAUGUCUGUCACUCUCUAACUAUCUACACUCUCUGUACCGGAUACCUAUCAAAAUGGUAAAAAAGCACAAACACGAGUGCCAAAAACCUCCGCCGCUCCCAACAACACCUCCACCACCUCCAGUCGGGGAGCUCCCAACACAGUACAAGAGGAUGUCCUCAACCUUACAGCACGUGCAGCCACCUCGACGUUCGAACCACGCAUAUUUAUUGGUACCAUUUGUCAUCACAGUCGGGCUCAUGUGGUUCGCAUAUUCACAAUGGAAGAAUCCGCCGCAAGCUCAACUGCAACCAUCUGUGGUUACUGAUAGGUACAGACCUCGAGUCGCCUGGAUGUCGGACCUCAUCAAAUCCCUGCCACCAUUUGCGCAGGGGUAUCGGGCUGAGAAGUUUGUCCCAAAGUACAAACUAUCGGGAUGCACCAUAAACGGAAACUUUCCCGAAAUGAAUACAGCCAUAUUUUGCUAUUUGUACAAUUCAACGCUAUACACUUCGGCGAAUAAGACAAUUUCUCAGGAUAUUGGAGAAACUGGAUUAUGCUCCAAAAUCGCUGAAUUCAAUAUGAACGACUGGAAGCUGUGGGAUAAAAUUAAUGACGAUUUUCGAAGGAUUGUAUUUAUUCAGCAUCCGUUGGAACGAUUUGUUAGGUCAUAUAAGAAGUUGUGUAAAAUUGAGCGAAAAUGCUUCAACUGCCAGGACAAUCUCAGUUGCUUCAUGCGGAAAUUGUUGAAGCAGCACGAAAAAACAGCGGAGGGGCUUGCAGGACCAGUCAGGACGUUUAUCACAAAUCAUUUCAGCCCUCAGACUUGGAAUUGCCAUUUCAAUCGGGAGUUUCAAAAGAUUCGUACAGUGAAGAUUGGCGGGAAUCAAACUGAACGGGCGGAGUUCUCCGAUAACCUGAAUGAAAUCCUUGGGGAGCAGGGAGUUGCUCAAGAGGUUCAGCGGAUUAUUAAGGAGGAAGUUUUGAAAAUUCCCCUGGAGCUCUCACCGGACGAACGUGAGCUCGCCGUAGCCAUAAAACGAGAUCAUGACGAUCUUUACCGACUAUUCCGUUAUCUGUACGAACACGACUUUAUCGUGUUUGGAUACCCAUUUUAAACAAGUUCUCAAAAAAAAAAAAAACCAAAAGCAGCUGACAUUUCACGGGUUCCCCAUUUCCAUACUUUUUGCGUUGUUGUUCCAUCGAUUUCUGGUGCUUUUCCUCAAUAAAUGAUUCGAAUUUUG